AUGCCUGUUGAGCUGCGCAAGCGCAAAGCCCCCGUGGCGCCGCCCGCGCCCGCGCCGAGCAAGAAGAAGGUGGCCACCAAGGCCAAGAAGCCCGCUGGAAAGGCCAAGGAUGAGGUGAAGAAGCCCAGUGCAAAGGCAGACAAGCCUGUUAAGGACGACGAGGCCACCGAGUCUGCGCCGGAAGCCCCUGAGGAGAAAGAGACGGUGAAGGACACCAAGGAGAGCACCAAGGACGACACUAAGGAAGAGUCCAAGGACGACAAGAAGGACGACAAGAAGAAGCCGGCUGCUGCUGCUGCGGGUAAGAUCGCGGUUGGCGAUGUCAUUGACCUCGAAGGAUUUGGCGGCGAGAUCCAGACCAAUGAUGGCGAGACGACUUCUCUGAAGAAGCUCCUCGACGACAGCAAGAGCGGCGUCGUCCUCUUUACCUACCCCAAGGCUUCGACACCCGGAUGCACCAACCAAGUGUGCCUCUUCCGCGACUCCUAUGAGCCUCUGACUGCUGAUGGCCUCGCCAUCUACGGUCUGAGCACUGAUUCCACCAAGGCAAACACCUCAUUCAAGGAGAAGCAGAAGCUGCCCUACCCCCUUCUUUGCGAUCCCCAAGCCACUCUCAUUGACGCCAUUGGCCUCAAGAAGCAGCCUAAGGGAACUCAGCGUGGAGUCUUUGUUGUCAACAAGGAGGGCAAGGUGCUCGUUGCCGAGGCUGGCGGCCCUGCUGCCACCGUGGACAGAGUCAAGGCUCUGGUCAAGGAGUUGAAGGGAGAGAACUAA